AUAGAGCUAUGCAAUAGUUAUUUGUUAUGCUUCUCAACAAUUUGUGUGGUACAACUUGUACAGCCUCGAGGAGGAUUUCAUGUCAUGUGUCCUCGCAUCAUCCCACUUUAGCUGGCUAACUGGGCAAAAAACGUGCUCCGAUGUAGUGCAACGCUGCGCAGUUUUUUUUUCAUUCGUUAUGGCGAAUUUACGCAUUGUGCUAGUGUUCGUCAAUUGUCUCAUCGUGUACAGAGGCUCUGAAGCUCUUCUGUGCAACUGCACCAUUGCGGAGUGUGAGAGGACGACGGGCUUCUGGUGUGAGACGGACGGAGCCUGCAUGGCCUCCACGUCGCUCAUCGAUGGUCAAGAGCAGCACGUUCGUACUUGCAUCACCAGAGACAAACUUGAACCACCCGGACAUCCCUUCUACUGUCGCAGCACGGAGGGCCUGGUCAACAUCCACUGCUGUUAUACCGACUACUGCAACAGCAUUGACCUCAAAGUGCCAUCUAUGACUACGCAGUCAAGCCCCGAUGAAGGUCUUUGGCCAGGUGGGAAGUGGGGGCUGCUGGAACUAGUCGCCAUGAUAGCGGGGCCGCUGCUCCUGCUGUGUCUGCUGCUGCUGCUCGGCCUGCUUGUGUGUCAGUACCAGCGGGGGGCCUGCAGCCACCGACAGAGGCUCGAGGUGGAAGACCCCUCCUGCGACCACCUUUACAUGCCAAAUGACAGGAGCCUGCAGGAUUUCAUUUACGAUCUGUCGACAUCUGGUUCCGGCUCAGGCCUGCCUCUGUUUGUCCAAAGGACUGUGGCCAGAACAAUUGUUCUGCAAGAGGUCAUCGGAAAGGGGCGAUUUGGUGAGGUGUGGCGAGGACGUUGGCGGGGCGGCGACGUGGCGGUGAAAAUCUUCUCCUCCAGAGAAGAGCGCUCCUGGUUCCGCGAGGCUGAAAUCUAUCAGACCAUCAUGAUACGCCACGAGAACAUCUUGGGCUUCAUCGCAGCUGACAACAAAGACAAUGGCACAUGGACUCAGCUGUGGUUGGUGUCAGACUACCACGAAUACGGCUCCCUGUUCGACUACCUGAACCGCUACUCCGUCACAGCUGAAGGGAUGAUCAAACUGGCCUUGACUGCUGCCAGCGGCUUGGCACAUCUGCACAUGGAGAUACUCGGAACGCAAGGCAAGCCGGGCAUUGCCCACCGUGACCUGAAGUCCAAGAACAUCCUUGUGAAGAAAAACGGCACCUGUGCCAUCGCUGAUCUGGGUUUAGCCGUCCGUCACGAUUCUGUCACAGACACCAUCGACAUCGCUCCCAACCAAAGAGUGGGAACCAAGAGGUACAUGGCUCCGGAGGUUCUGGACGAGACAAUCAACAUGAGGCACUUUGACUCGUUCAAAUGUGCUGACAUCUACGCUUUGGGGCUGGUCUACUGGGAGAUUGUGCGCCGCUGUAAUAGUGGAGGUAUCCUUGAAGAAUAUCAGUUGCCCUACUACGACCUGGUGCCCUCGGACCCUUCACUGGAAGACAUGAAAAAGGUGGUGUGUGACCAAAACACACGACCCAUCAUCUCAAACUGGUGGCAGAGCCAUGAGGCUUUGCGGGUUAUGGGCAAAAUAAUGAGAGAGUGUUGGUACGCCAAUGGUGCUGCCCGCUUGACCGCCCUGCGCAUCAAAAAGAGCUUGUCCCAGCUUUCUGUUAAAGAGGACAUUAAAGUUUGAUCUGAAAGUAGCCAAACACUAGGAAAGAGCCUCUGGGAAGUGUCACAUCCUUAAGUUAGCCUUCAGACGCAAUGAGAAUAGCUGACACUUUAACAAUGACUGCAAAGUCAAUAGCUUUGCGAUUUUUUUUUUUUUUUUAAGGCACUGAUGAACCCUACCUCACCUUCACAGAAACCUGUCUGGUUCCCGUUCAACACACCAUGACAAGUAUCCCUGGACUUUCCCUGCACUCUGAAGCAAUCGAUGACAGUGACUGGAUUACAUUUUUUUUUUUUGAAAAGAGUCAAAAUGUAAGGUGAUGGGGAGUUUCACAGUAGUCCUCAGAGGCAAAGCACUU